CCUUCCAUAAAUCCUACUGUUUUUUUAAUCAGCUGAUGAAGCAGCCGGUCACGUUAAGCUAGCGGUCCUGUUGAUGACCAGGAUCCGGGACGUGAUCCGGUUCAUGCCGCGGCGGUGACUCGGUGCUCCCCGGCUGCGAUAACAUUUAUGCAGGCAAGCAUUCGUCGCCUCCUCCCCCAUUGCUGCCAGCAGAGUUCGGCCCCCAGACCGCCGGUUAUCUCCGGACCUUUGCCCCCUGCUGUGUUAGCCUGGAGCUAGCAGCUGCUGCUAUAAGGAGGAGCGGGAAGCCGGAGGCUGAGCGGCCGGGAGAGCGCGCGCCGCAGCGGGAUGAAAGAUGGCGUCUGUCCGGGUGGCUGUGCGGGUCAGGCCGAUGAACAGGCGGGAAAAAGAGCUGGAGGCCAAAUGCAUCAUCAGGAUGGAGGGAAGCAAGACCAGCAUCACCAACCUGAAGGUCCCAGAGGGCGUGGUCGGCGACUCGAUGAGGGAACGGAUCAGAACCUUCACCUACGACUUCUCCUAUGACUCGACGGACGGACGGAGCCGCGCCUUCGUCUCCCAGGAAACGGUGUUCAGGGACCUGGGCUCCGACGUGCUGAAGGCGGCCUUCGAGGGAUACAACGCCUGCGUGUUCGCCUACGGACAGACCGGAUCCGGGAAGUCCUACACCAUGAUGGGCGUCCCAGGCGACGCCGGGCUGAUCCCCAGGUUCUGCGAGGGGCUGUUCAGUCGGAUCGCUGACGCGUCGCGGCGGGACGAAGCUUCCUUCCGCACCGAGGUCAGCUACCUGGAGAUCUACAACGAGCGAGUCAGAGACCUGCUGAGGAGGAAGUCCAGCCACACCUACAACCUGCGGGUCCGCGAGCAUCCCAAGGACGGGCCGUACGUGGAAGACCUGUCCAAACACCUGGUGCAGAACUACAGCGACGUGGAGGAGCUGAUGGAGGCGGGGAACAUCAACCGCACCACCGCCAGCACCGGCAUGAACGACGUCAGCAGCCGCUCCCACGCCAUCUUCACCAUCAACUUCACGCAGGCCAAGUUUGACGCAGAGAUGCCGAGCGAGACGGUGAGUAAGAUCCACCUGGUGGACCUGGCCGGCAGCGAGCGCGCCGACGCCACCGGCGCCUCCGGCGUCCGGCUGAAGGAGGGCGGGAACAUCAACAAGUCGCUGGUCACGCUGGGAAACGUCAUCUCCGCUCUGGCCGACAUGGCGCCGGACGGCGGGAACGCCAACCAGAAGAAGAAGACGGUGUUCGUCCCCUACAGAGACUCGGUGCUGACCUGGCUGCUGAAGGACAGCCUGGGCGGAAACGCCAAGACCAUCAUGAUCGCAACCAUCUCCCCCGCCGACGUGAACUACGGCGAGACGCUCAGCACUCUGCGCUACGCCAACCGAGCCAAGAACAUCAUCAACAAACCCACCGUCAACGAGGACUCCAACGUCCGGCUGAUCAGGGAGCUGCGGGCGGAGAUCGCCCGGCUCAAGGCGCUGCUGCUGCAGGGAAACCAGAUCGCUCUGCUGGACUCGCCCACGGCUCUGAGCAUGGAGGAGAAGCUGCACCAGAACGAGGCCCGGGUUCUGGAGCUGACCAAGGAGUGGACCAACAAAUGGAACGAGACGCAGAACAUCCUGAAGGAGGAGACGCUGGCUCUGAGGAAGGAGGGCAUCGGCGUGGUUCUGGACUCGGAGCUGCCUCACCUCAUCGGCAUCGACGACGACCUGCUCAGCACCGGCAUCAUCCUCUACCACCUGAAGGAGGGACGGACGUACGUGGGCCGGGAGGACGCGUCCAGCGAACAGGACAUCAUUCUGCACGGCCUGGACCUGGAGAGCGAGCACUGUGUGUUUGAGAACCAGAACGGGACGGUUACCCUGGUGCCGCUCGGCGGGGCUCAGUGUUCGGUCAACGGGGUUCUGGUGGCGGCGCCGGUGCAGCUCAACCAGGGAGCCGUUAUUCUGCUGGGCCGGACCAACAUGUUUCGCUUCAACCAUCCGAAGGAAGCGGCCAAGCUCAGGGAGAAAAGGAAGAGCGGCCUCCUGUCCUCGUUCAGCCUGUCCAUGACGGACCUGUCCAAGUCCUGUGAGAACCUGUCCACCGUGAUGCUCUACAACCCGGGGCUGGAGUUUGAGAGGCAGCAGAGAGAAGAGCUGGAGAAGCUGGAGAUGAAGAGGAGGCUGAUCAAGGAGAUGGAGGAGAAGCAGCUGAGUGAGAAGGCGGAGCUGGAGCGCCUCCAGCAGGAGGUGGAGAGUCAGCGCAAGGAGUCACAGGAGGUGCAGCAGCGCAUCCUGCGGCAGGAGGAGAGCCUGCGCCGCCGCAGCCAGGACAUCGAGAGCCGCCUGCGGGACUUCCUGGCCGAGAAGGAGCGCUUUGAGGAGGAGCGGCGCUCCGAGAUCCAGGAGGUAGCGCUGCAGCGCAGGAAGCUGCAGCAGGAGGAGCAGCAGGAGGAGCAGGAGGUGGCGGAGCAGACGGAGAUCUACCGCGAGCUGCAGCGGCUGCAGAGGGAGCGCGAGGAUCAGCAGGUGCGCCUGGAGGCGGAGCGACGGCGGCUGGAGGAGCAGGAGCGGGAGCAGCUGAGUCUGGUCGCCCGGCUGGAGGAGCAGCUGCGGGAGGCGCAGGAGGCGGUGGCGGCGCAGCUGGCCCGAGAGGAUUCGCGGCGCCUGGAGGAGGAGCGGCGUGUGCUGGCGGAGAUCAGGGAGGCGCUGCUGCGCGCCAAGGAGGCCGCUGAGCGCACGGACGGCGAGGACGCCGCUAAGGAGGCUCGCUCCGUCCAGAAGCAGUACUUGGCCUUCAAGGAGGCGCAGGUGGACGAGCUGCAGCAGCUGCAGGAGGUGCUGCAGCAGCAGAGGGAGCUGCUGCAGCAGGAGGUGACAGCAGAGCGGAGCGCGCUGCAGCAGCUCACACACAGCCUGAGGGAGCGCCAGGAGAGGGCGCCGCAGGAUGGCGGCGGCCAGGAGGAGACGCUGCUGCGCCAGGCGCAGCACCGCUUGCACUUCAAGGAGCAGCAGCUGGCCAACAUGGCCGCCGGCGUGCUGCCGGCGCUGGUGGAGGAGCAGCAGCGGGCGCAGGAGGUGCUGCGGCGUGGAGCGGCGCCGGCCGGCCUGGACAACACGCUCUUCCAGGUGGAGAAGGAGCUGGAGGAGACGCAGGACAAGCUGCACCUGCAGUGGCACGGCGCGCAGCAGCUGCAGCAGCUGCAGGAGAGCUGCGAGUUCACGGCCAACGUGGCGCGGCAGGAGGAGAAGGUCCGCCGCAAGGAGAGGGAGAUCCUGGCCUGGAGGGAGGCGCAGCAGCGGGAGGCGCUGGAGCAGGCCGUGGCCCGGCUGGAGCGCCGCCACGCCGCCCUGAGGCCCGACCGCAGGUCUGCUUCUGGUUCCGGUCGUUCUGGCCGACCCGGCCGGUCCCAUCUGAACUCAAAACUCCGGUUCUGUUGCAGGGUGGAGCAAGAGAUCCAGGAACUGCGGCGGCGCAUCAGCGAGAGUGAGAACCAGAACCGGGCCCAGUCGGUCGGUACCGAGGAGAAGAUGGGUCACAGCAGUUCUCCUGUCGGUCACAUGCAGAGUCUGAACCCGCUGCUGCCGCUGUCCGAGGACAGGAUCAACGCCUACAUCGAGGAAGAAGUGCAGCGCCGGCUGAGGAAGAUGAACCUCCUGAACGGCGGCGGCGUGGAUCUGUCCGUGUCCUGCGACUCUCUCAGGGAAGAGGAAAAACUGCAGAACAUAAAUCCACGAAGGCUGAAGUAUGAGCAUCUGAUGUCGCGUCCGGCCGGGACGCGCUGCGCCGCCGCCAAGGAGCCGGUCAGGGUGAGCAUCCCGCGCUACGUCCUGCGCGGCCAGGGGAAGGACGAGCACUUCGAGUUCGAGGUCAAGGUCUCGGUGAUGGACGACAGCUGGACCGUGUUCAGGCGCUACAGCCGCUUCAGAGACAUGCACAGGAGCCUAAAGUCCAAAUAUCCGGAGCUGGCGGCGCUGGAGUUUCCUCCAAAGAAGCUGUUUGGGAACCGGGACGAGCGGAUGGUAUCGGAGCGCCGCAGCCACCUGGAGCGGUACCUAAGGAACCUGUUCCGGGUCAUGCUGUCCUGCUCCGGUUCUCCUCUCAGACCCGAUGAGGACGGAGUUUUCCGCCUGUCCAAGUUCAACAUCUGCGAGUUUUCUCCGUUCUUCAAGAAGGGCGUCUUUGAGUCCAGCAGCCACGGAACCGGCUGAGACGGAACCAGCCACGGAGGUCUGGACCUUCCUGUUUAUGUGGUUCUGGUGGUUCUCCUGUUUGGUCUUGCAGGACGAGUCGAUCCGGUCUGGAGGACAGAAGCUUAAGUUCGGCUCAGACUACAGAACCCGCCCGGUUCUGGUUCUGGUUCCUUUAGCUGCUCAGGACAGAACAGAACCAAAGUUCUGGAUCCGAAGGGUCGUGGAGAAACAAAGAUUCCCAUUUGCUGCUAUAAAUAAAUAAUGAGCCGAUGAAACCGGAUCAGAACCAACGACGAGUUGGACCAAAAUGUUCCUCUCUGCUGGAAAGACGACGAUAAAACUGGAAAUAAUUACUUAAAUGUAAAAAUGUCUGAAAUAUACUAAAUAAAUCAAAUCUGAAUA